AUGGACCGUGCUUAUCGGCCCGGCACGAAAACGGCCCAACUGCUGGUCACCCGCGCUCUGUCACCCGACGCGUGCUCCACUCCCCAUCCUUAUCCAUUUCAUCCACUCCGUCCUCAUCCUCACCAGACCAGUCACCACCCGAGAGCCGGCGCAGGAGCAACAAGACCAACGGCGCAGGAGCAGCAGCAGACGCGCCACUCCGAGGUCGGCCACAAGAGCAUGCUCAAGAGCACGACCUCUACAGGCGCGCUGUACAUCCUGGAGACCAGCGUGUACCCGCGGGAGCCGGAGAGCAUGCGGGAGCUCCGUGAGGCCACCGCCAAGCAUCCCUGCCUGCAGGAACCAGCAGUUCCUGAAGUUCCUCCUCCACGAGGGGCAGUUCCUGAUCGCUGAUGAUGUUCAUAGGGAUUGCGUGGAACAGGUGCACCGGGAUGCCACCGGUGCUGCUCGGCGACAUCUCCAGCUUCGUCCGGACGCUGGACCCGAAAUGCUUCACGCUGCGCGUGGAGGAGGAGGCCAACAGCUGCGCGAGCUGGGACUUUGGGCCCGCGCUGGUCCUCGCCGUCGCCGCGCUCGCCGGCGUCCGCUCGCCUCAGCCAAGAAUGGUGCUGAGCCCGUACUAGCCCGGCACGACGCAGCCGUCGUGCCCGCAGGCUAGUCAUGCCAGUCCGGCACAGUACAGUUCCUCGUGCCUUCUAGGCCAGUGUUCGGCUUAUCGUUCAAAAAUUCAAAAAAUUUAGACAAAAUUUAUUUGAUAAAAUUAAAAUUUUGAAAAAUAAUUAUGAUUUUAGUCGUUCGUAACCGGUCGGUUUGAACCGGUUACCGAGCGAUUUUUUAAUUUAUUGAGUGAUUUUUUUAAAUUUUUUGUAUUGAUGUUAACGGUUCGGUUUUCUCGAUUUAUUGAGAGGUUUUUUGAUU